AUGCUCGCGACGACAUUCUCCAGUCCAUCAGCGAGUGAUCUUUUGUAGUCCGUUUGUCCGGCUCAACAGCAGAAACCAGCGGCACGGUCGGUUUAGUUCUGUGUUGGGCUUCCUCUUCGAAGUAUGGUGUUUGGUUGUUAGUGGUGCCGUGUCGUGUUUCGGUACGUUCCGCGUCUAUCAGUGUGUGGUUUUUAUUGCUAGUAGCUCUGAAGAAUCGAUCACACAGCAGUGUCGUCCAGGGAGAGGCCAACGGUUGGUGUCCCGUGGAAAGAAUAACAACUAUUCCGGUGCUUGGUUCGGAAAUAUCUGUGCUGCGUGAGAUACAAUUUCCUGCUUUCAAAAGUGAAUGGAUGUUUCGUGAACAGUUCCCGUCUCGUUGUCGUUUCGGUUCUGCCAAGUUUGACACAGAAAAAGGCAAGCAACAAAGUGAGUGUAGAAAAUCGGAGCAAAUGGAACUGGUUCUACCAGUUUUGGAUGAAUGGUCUCGUCGUAUGAGUCACGGCGAUUGUGGCUCGGUUUCCCUCGGUGAUACGUUGGCUUGUCGGCUGUUUUGAACGUUGACACGAAAAACAAAGUUUUCGACGGAUGGGAAUCAAGAAUCAAGGAAUUCCAGUCGAGGAUCCACUGGCGUGCGCGUGCUGGUAUUGGUGGGUUCAUCAGAAAUGUCGUCCUUCGUGAAAGGCAAAAAAGGAUGCUGUGUGUCUUUGUUCAGUGAAUGAGUGCUGCGACGCCAGUGCCAGUAGUUGUUAGUGGAAUUCAUACCAGGAUAUACAAAGAGCCCUCUUCAGCGUGGGCUGCACGGAGUGAAGUUUUUAAAGUACACAAUUCCGUGCAUAAGCCGUGUGAUUGGUGCCAACGUGUGGAAAGCAAAAGUGUUCUGUUAAAGUUAAAGUGAGAGUGCAAAUAAUGCGUUACAAAUCAAGCAUCCGAAAGCCCUCGAUCUAGCGAUUAGGAGGCUGUCUGUUAUUAAUUUUACAAGCUUUUAUUUGCCCGUUUCCAAGAGUGUGUAGUGGCGAGAUUGUGUUGCUUUUCGACGGCUAUCCAUCCAUCAACUGCUUUCGAUUGAUUCAAAAAGGGAAAAAUACACAAAUACUCGAUUAAUUUUGCACCACUCGAGUGCUCAGUCGGUGAAAUUUGUGCAUCCACUUGUGUUCCAACACUUUUCGACCAGAGUGAAGGUCUCAGCCGAGCAACCGCAGCAGCACCAGAGGGGGAAAAUCAUACUCAACUCUUGGUCAGAUAAUGCAUGCCCGAAUGCGCCGUUAUUCGGUUGGCUGCAUUCAUUCCUUGUUGGGGUUGUCAUCGUCACGACUCUAAACCGGGGGGAAAAAAAGUGUCGUCUGUAGUUCCUGUUUAUCCAGCGUUCCAUCGGAGUCAUUAAAUUCGUCAAAGUCGCUAGCACAAUAGAAAUGAGUUCCAGUCAAAGUACCCACGGUGAAUUGUCAUGAAGCUACUAAAUAUCAUCAUGGAAAUUGUGAAAUAGUGAAACUCUGUUCCAAAGUAUCAAAGUGCGACACGAAAUUUGCAAACUCAACAGUAUAUUGGUGACACAGUGGCGAUCCGCGCAAUCCAUUAGAGUCGUAGCCGAAUCCGAGGGGCGGCGGUCACGUUUGUUUAUUAUUUCGCGUUUAGAUUGCUGCUGGGCGUGGAGAAGUGAGUGUAGAUAGAGCGAGAUAGAGCUCGAAACAACGCUAACAAACAUCCACACACCAAGCAGGUACCGUUUCGCGCUGGCCUGGCAGUGAAGCACCCGGUCCUGGGCCUGGGUGUUCUCAGGCAGGUGGCAACCGGCAGCAGCGGGUAGUGGCCGGCUGGCAAACGGUGGCGGCAGCAUUGUUUGGAAAAUGUUUCUAAAAUGUGGAUUAAUCGUUUUCACUCUUCUCGUCAUCGACAUCGAAAGUGGUUACGUAAGAGAAAUAAAGAAAGAACGCCCUCUCAACGAAUACAUAUCCCACUACGAAACACUCAGCUACGACCAUAAACAUCUGCAUGCUAGUCACAGUAGAGCGAAGCGAUCGGUCACCAAAGAUCACCAUGUAUAUCUUAGGUUUAAGGCGCACGGGAGAGAUUUUAACAUUAGGCUAAGACGAGAUCUCAGUACAUUUAGCGAUAAGUUAGAAAUACACACCGAAAGUGGUCCAAUCGAGGCGGACACAUCCCACCUCUAUCAGGGCGAGGUCCUGGGUGACCCCGACAGUCACGCGUUCGGUUCCAUCAUCGACGGGGUGUUCGAGGGCAAGCUGAUUACGGCUCGGGACAGCUACUAUGUCGAACGGGCGAAGCACUAUUUCCGCAACAGUUCCCACCCGGACACACACCCGUUGCACCACGUGGAUGGCCACGAUAAACCGUUCCACUCGGUCAUCUAUAACGAGAAGCAUGUGGACGAUCCGUACCGGCAACGGCGGAAAGGUCAUCCCUCCGGUUGCGGUAUUAACGAGGAAGUGUCUGCUUGGAUGGACCGGGUCCAAAACUCUGCCGUAGACGAGAGCGACGAGGAACAGCAGCGUAACGAGAAAACCACCGUGGAAAGGACUGAAGAUGAUUCGGACCGCCGACGGAGCGCCUCGUACGCUGGCAACGACAGCGCAGAUAGCAGUGUGAAUAAUUUAGAGGAAGAUUUAUUCCAAAAAUCAUCAACUCAGCCAAACUAUAAUAGUGUUAACGAUAGUGGUAGCAUUGGCGGAAGCCAGAAUUAUUAUAACAAUUAUCGUAAAAUUAAUUCUAAACAGAAUGCGAAUGCAAAUAAUUAUGGGCAGACAGAUAACGGUAGCAGUAGUAGUAGUAGUAGCGGCAGUGGCACGAACCGACUCGAGACCGGCUACGAGUUCAAAUUUGCUCACGAAAAGUAUUCGAAGGCAGCCAACUGGCGGGCGUCGGACGAGAGUCCCGACGAUCGAGACUGGCACCAGAGGUCCCACGAACGGGUCCGGCGAGCAUUCCGCAUGAAGGAGGAGAACAAAAAUACUUGCUCGUUGUACAUCCAGACUGACCCGCUAAUCUGGCGGCACAUCCGGGAUAGUAUCGCUGAUCAUGACCGAGGCCGCAAGUCGGAGAUUGAUGAGAAAACUCGCGAAGAAAUCUUGUCACUCAUUGCUCAUCAUGUAACCGCAGUGAAUUAUAUCUAUCGUAAUACCAAGUUUGACGGACGGAUAGAGCACCGGAAUAUUCGAUUCGAGGUUCAACGAAUCAAAAUUGAUGAUGACUCCGCCUGCAAUGAAAACUACAACGGAGAAUCGAAUCCUUUCUGCAUGGAAAAUAUUGAUGUUUCGAACUUUUUGAAUCUGCACUCGCUUGGAAAUCAUGAGAUUUUCUGUCUUGCCUAUGUGUUCACUUAUAGAGAUUUCACCGGGGGUACUCUCGGUCUUGCCUGGGUCGCUUCAGCUUCCGGUGCAUCCGGUGGCAUUUGUGAAAAGUACAAAACCUACACCGAAACUGUGGCGGGAUUGUACCAGAGCACUAAACGUUCCUUAAACACGGGUAUCAUCACAUUCGUUAACUACAAUAGCCGUGUUCCACCGAAAGUUUCUCAGCUAACGCUGGCACAUGAAAUUGGUCACAACUUUGGGUCACCGCAUGAUUACCCAGCUGAGUGCCGUCCCGGAGGUAUUAAUGGGAAUUUCAUCAUGUUUGCUAGUGCCACUAGCGGAGACCGACCGAACAACAGUAAGUUUUCCACUUGCUCGGUUAGGAAUAUCUCAAAUGUGCUGGAUGCCAUAGAAGACAGUAAAAAGCGAAAUUGUUUCCAAGCAUCGGAGGGUGCGUUCUGCGGCAACAAGAUUGUUGAAAUCGGUGAAGAAUGUGAUUGUGGUUUCAACGACGAAGAGUGUGCGGACAAGUGUUGCUAUCCUCGUGUAAUCGGUGAGGUAGAUCUCGGUCUGAAUGCAACUGCCCGGGGCUGUACCAGGAAGGCACGUACACAGUGCAGUCCGUCGCAGGGUCCGUGCUGUGACAGUAACACGUGCAAGUUCGUCUCCAGCUAUGCCAACAUCACCUGCAAGGAAGAAACUGAAUGUUCCUGGAGUUCGACCUGUAAUGGGACGACUGCCGAAUGUCCGGAACCGAAACCUCGUGACGAUAAGACCAAGUGCAAUAAUGGUACUCAACUGUGCAUCAAAGGUGACUGUUCCGGAUCGAUUUGUCUGCUGUGGAAUAUGACCGAGUGCUUCCUAACAUCUCACAUCAUUCCGAACAUCGACAAACGCAAACUGUGCGAACUGGCAUGUCAGAACGGGAACGAUACGAACACGUGUCGGAGCACGAGUGAGUUCGCUCACCUCUACGGUUUGCCAGAUGGCGGUAUCAGCUUGCGCCCAGGGUCACCCUGUGAUAACUUCCAAGGUUACUGUGAUGUAUUUUUAAAAUGUCGUGCCAUCGAUGCCGAGGGACCGCUGGUGCGGCUCAAGAAUAUGCUGUUCAACCGGCAAACACUGCAAACUGUCGCCCAAUGGGUAACAGAGAACUGGUAUAUGGUGUGCUUGUUCAGCAUCCUGUUCGUCAUUUUCAUGGGUAUGUUCAUAAAAUGCUGUGCAGUUCAUACACCCAGCUCGAAUCCGAAGAAACCUCCAGCUCGACGGAUCACCGACACCCUGCGACGGCCAAUGAACACGCUGAGACGAAUGCGUCAUCACAAUGGGCACGGGCCCCGAAGUGUUCCCGUGCCGCACGGUGAACGUUCCCGCGGUGGCGGAGGUGGAAAUGGUGCUGGUGGAGGCCGAAGCAGAGGUGGCGGAGGUGGUGACGGUCACGGUGAACGUCGCAGCGGGCAACCGUCGUCCUCCACUGGGGGUAGCCGACCGAACAACAGUUCCAGAGUGCCAGCGCAUGGGUAUGGUGAGGGCAGAGGCCAACAAUACUAUCCACCGAAAGCAACUGCGCCACUGAUACAGAAUUAUAGCAGGAUGAGCAAUGCCGAGCUGUACGCCGAAGCCUAUCCGGACCGCAGCACGUACGGCGAGCAGACCCGUCGUCACUACAGUAACAAUAAGGUCUGACAAGAUGGCCACCAUCACCGGUCCAGUAGCAGCGACAGCAGCAACAGCCAUCAUCAUCCCGACGACGUUUCGAUCACUGCUGAUGAUAAUACACGCAGCAACGGUGCAUUCUUCGGGAAUGUUGAGCGAAAAAUCCACUACAACUACAAUAACAAUAUUUAUAAGAUAUUUUUAUUUUUCUAAUAAGGUGAACAAACAAAAAAAAAACAAGAACAAAUACAGUGAACAAAGAAAAAAAAAGAUUAUUGAAAGCAAGUAUGAUGCAGAACUCAAGCAUGUACACACACCACUCAAAUAGGAAACCGAGAAUCAAAUAGACGUUUUUCUCAUUAUUUAGAACAAAAAAAAAUAAGCAACCACUAAGAAAUUCCGUGAGUUCUACUCGACUGUUUGAUCGUCGCGGAAAGUGUUUCGUUUUCUUAUUGUAAUUUUGAAGCCACGAAACACUUUAAAACAGGAUAACAUUUUUGCAUUUGCCUGUCUGAAAUCAUAAAUUGUAAAGACAAUGAAUGAAGCUAGGAUUAGGAAAACGUAUCAGACAAAAGAGGAAAAAAAAGAAUGGAAGAAGUUAGAAAAGUUGUUUACAAGGUAGCGCCCUCAGUAUGAGUAUAGAUAAAAACAAAACACGAGAAAAGCAUAAAAAAAGAAGAGAUCACUCUCCUCCGGGUCCAGAAAAAAAUAAAACAAAAUGAACAAAAAACAGUGUUAAACAAGUAACUAUUGUAACAAAGAAAAGUAUAACAAAAUAUUGUAGUAUAACUGCAAAAGAUAUAAAGUUUUUACUUUCCUUCUGUUAUGGAUGUGAGUGUGGAACUGAAUUGUAGUACUAGUUUAGGCAAAUGUUGGGAAAAUCGGAAACGAUUUCGUCGUCGUCUGGUAGCAGGUCUCAGCGCAGAACGCAUAUUCGACUGGGAUGGGAAUAAUGAUCACUCGACUAGAUCGAUCACACAGGUUCAUGAAUCAAACAAGCAAAAAGUAUGUUGGGUUUUGCUACCAACCAGAUAGAAACGGAUAGCGUUGUAAGCGUUGCAUAAAACGUACACACGAACGGGGAGGUAGCGAGUAUGAAGAAAAAGUGCUAUAUGUGAUAUAUAUUUUUCUAAACGAAAACAAAACACUGAACGGGAAAAGAUUAUUUUUUUCGAGCAAUCUGAACGGCGGUAAUUGUUGGGACGAAACAGUAAAAGUAUUACACGGAUUUGGUUUUUGAUGGUCUUAUUAAUGCAACUACUAUGAUACUACUAUUACUAUUACUACGAUACAAUAGGUGAUAAUGAUAGGAAUCAUUCCUGCAUUUCUGCGUUAAAGUUUUCGCCAAACUGCCUACCGCUAUGAUAUUGGUGAUUUUAGUUCACCCAAAAAAAUCCUUCCCACAGCUGCUAUAGAAUAGUCAUUAGCUCGAAACAGCGAAGCCAAAUGCUCAAACUCCUCUUUUUUGUUGUUUUUUUUCUUUGUCAUUUUUAGUUCAGAGUUCAAUCAACCGGGUGCAGGCCAAAUUUUAGUUUUUUUUCAGUUUUGUCCGUUCAGCAAUACCGAACUUUCAACUGUAGUAUGAACUAACUAUUGUUAAGGAUAUUUCAAAUAGUCUAGACCAAAAUAUGUCAUUAUGUUUAGUUAAUAUUCGAUUCUCGACUGUUCUUGUGUUUGAUUAGAAUCAGUUAGAUUUAGUUAGUUAGAAAAUAUAUCAAUCUCACUUAAAAAAAACAAUAUCAAACCAUUAUCGUUGCAACCUUCUUCCUAGGUCCCAGGUUGCAUUACGAGCGAUUAAUCUGUUGUCUUAUUUUUUCGUGCUAUCAUACACCAGUUAUGAAAGAGCAAUCAAAAUAAUUCCAUUAAAAGUGACAACCACCGAUGGGUGGAGGAGUCGAUGUUGCAAAACGGCAUUUAGAGAAACCACUGAACUUGAACAAAACUUGAUGAAAGAGAAGCAGAAACUGUAAAAGAAGAUAAUAAUUGGAAACCGAAGUGAAAUGAAGUAUUGUUCUAAUUAGGCGAGACCGUCGUAACAAGCACAGCAGAAAGAAAAACAGUGCAGUGAGGAAAGAAAGAAGAUAAUGCAUGCGAAAUGGGGAAGAUAACCAAUAUAUAUGAAGAUCUAUUUUUUAAUUUUUAUUAUAUACAUUCAUAUUAGACAUAUUGUAAAUUUAGAAGUGAUCAAGUCUCCUACCAGUAAAAGCAAGACAAAACAAAAGAAACAUACAGAAGUGUAGGCGUUUACUGCGCGUACAACUAUAACUUUGCAAACGGGAUUUCUCCAAGGUAUGCAAUCGACGAAAACAGUGCGAGUGAUCGAGUGAUAGAGAAUGAAAUUUUGUGCGCGAAAUAAGAAGAAGGGUUAGGAAAGGGGUUACAAGCAACCCGUAGGAUACUACAACCUAGUACUGGAUCGUUUAUUGUGUACCACUUGUAAAUGUUUGUAAAUAGGACAUAUAUCUGCAGCAGGACAAAUGAAGGCGCUGGGAAAAAAAGUGGAUGAAAAGAAUAAAAGAAGGGAAAAAUGAAAA